AUGCCCCUCGACACGGUGCCUAACGCCUUAGGCUGGGACAGUAAUUCCACAGUGUCAAAAGCCGCGCCAGGACAAGGACCACCACGAUUAAGACAGAGACGGAAGCAAUCCAACCCCCGGCACACCCCAUCCCAAAACGGUACAACGGCCAAAAAACCAGUACUCAGUCCUGUAAAGCGCGAUCCGAACCGCCACCUACAACGAAAGCACUCAGGACAUAUUAAUCCGGGAGAUAAUUCUGCACAAAAAACAAUAUGCUGUACGCAAACGUCUGUCGAUCACGAAUCCGAAGAUGACCCUACAUUGACUGAAUCUCGUCCGGCUUCACCAUCAAUAUUGGCAACUGUUCCAAUUAAACGAUCAAGAUCUUACACUCCGAUACAUAAGACAAAUGCGAGUAACCCCGGUAUAAUUUGUUCAUCAGAGGAUUCUUCGACUCUAAUCCAGAAGCAACCAUCCAUCGACAAAACUUUUCACAAAAUCAAAGCAUACGCUGAUGGUGGUAGCAAAACGUCUAAGAUUACGAACGCUCUCAUGUAUAUGAUAGCGGUAGACCGACAGCCUUUCUCAGUGGUAGAGGAUAAAGGAUUCAGGAAUCUCUUAAGUGUCGUGGCACCUCUAUACACUGUGCCAUGUCGAAAAACUAUUACAAAGCGGAUAGACGAAAAAUACGAGCUACUUAGUUCGAAAAUUAAAACCAUGCUUUCAAAAAUCGACACCCUUCGUUUAACUACAGACAUCUGGACAGAAACAUUUAAUACCCAGAGUUAUAUUGGCAUCACCGCACAUUAUAUCAAUUUUGAAGGUAUGCAACUGGAAUGUCUAUCUUUGGGAAUAAAGGAGCUUGAAAAAUGCCACAAUGCAGAAUAUAUAUCGACAAUUGUAAGCGAGAUAGUAGAUGAGUGGUACAUUAAUGCCGAUUCAGUAGUAGCUGUAAUUACAGACAACGCUUCCAACAUCGUGAAGGCAAUACGGGAUACGUUUGGGUAUCGAAGACAUAUGCCGUGUUUCGCUCACACCCUAAAUCUAGUUAUCCCAAACUCAAUCACUGCAACACCGGAAUUCCAGACUGUGGUAAAGAAAGUGAAAUCUAUUGUCACAUACUUCAAACGUAGUGUGAAAGCAGAAGAUGCACUCAAGGACUUGCAGACAUCGGAUCUUAAAAACGACGGACUGGUUUUGAAAUUAAAGCAGGAAUGCGAAACACGUUGGAAUUCGAUUUUUUAUAUGAUCGAAAGAUUCGUUCAAUUGGCAAAUCACGUGAAUAGCGUAUUGAUUACCCUUCCGCGAAAAAAGCAGGAUGAUAUACCAGAGAUGACAACACACGCCGAGCUACAAAUUUUGAAAGAUGCCUGUGCCAUUUUACGUCCGGUCGAACGCGUUACCACUGAGAUGUCGAGCGAGUCUUACGUCACGUGCAGUAAAAUCAUCCCCAUCGUUAAUUGCCUGAUAAAAACUUUGGAAAAACUCACAACUGAACAUGAUAUUUCGGAAUGUCUGCACAAAAAUAUUUUACGAGAACUUUACAGAAGAUUUCACAGCGAAGAUUUAAAUGUCGAAAAAAAUAUUUUUUUAGCUACAUCCACUUUACUGGACCCACGCUUUAAGAAACUGCACUUCCGUAGCCCAUUAGCUGUUUCUACAGCAAUAAGCAAGAUUUGUCAGUUGAUGAAAGAAAAUCAGGAAGGACCUCAAUCCACUGUUUCCGUCGCAGAAAGUACAUCAAAUGUUACUGAAAAAACAGAAGAUUUGUGGAACGUACAUGACGAAUUGAUUGCAUCUUCAUCAACAAAUUGCGACGAGCCUGGUGGCAUACCAAUCGAAUUUCGACAGUUUCUUAAUGCCAAUGUCAUCAGCAGAAGCAAGGAUCCAUUAAAAGUUUGGCAAGAACUGAAGGAUAUUUACCCAAACGUAUACAAAGUCGCCAUGAAAUACUUCGUGAUUGUGGGAACGUCUGUCCCAUCUGAACGUUUGUUUAGUGCUGCCGGAGAUAUUAUUAGUGCGAAAAGAAGCAGAAUCGCGGGAAAAAAAGCGUCACAGAUUAUAUUUCUAGGAUCUCUACCUGAAAAAUAUUGGAACUACAAUACAGGUACCUGA